GGUACAAAGAACAGCCCCAAUGAAAUGAAAAUUUGGCUGUGAAGAUAAGAGACAUGGUUGAGCCCACCCGCCCCACCACCACCAACCACCGCGUGGGCCACCAGACUCUCCUCCUCUAUAAAGUGGCGAAGACUGCAGGAAGAAGAAGAUAGAGAGAUAUGGAGAGAGAAAUGGAGUGGUGGAUUUCGAUGCCAAAGGUUGAACUUCACGCCCACCUCAAUGGAUCCAUCAGAGACUCCACUCUACUAGAGCUUGCUAAAGCUUUGGGUGAAAAGGGUGUUAUUCUUUUCUCAGAUGUUGAGCAUGUUAUCAGGAAAAAUGAUCGGUCCUUGAACGAAGUUUUCAAGUUGUUUGAUCUGAUACACAUUAUUACUACUGAUCACACCACGGUUACAAGAAUUACUAAAGAAGUUGUUGAAGAUUUCGCCUCUGAGAAUGUUAUCUAUCUUGAGCUGAGAACUACUCCAAAGAGGAACGAAUCUAUUGGGAUGAGCAAACGCUCUUACAUGGAAGCAGUGGUGAAGGGUUUAAGAGCAGUGGACGCAGUUGAUGUUAAUUUUGCUCCCCAUUACUUGGGUGAAGGCAAUGAUAUAUGUAAUGGGACCACAAAAAAGAAAAUAUUUGUUAGACUUCUUCUCAGCAUUGAUCGCCGUGAGACAACUGCAGAUGCGAUGGAAACCGUUAAGCUUGCGCUGGAAAUGAGGGAUCAAGGGGUAGUUGGGAUUGACCUUUCCGGAAAUCCAACUGUUGGGGACUGGAUGACAUUCUUGCCAGCCUUGAAGUUUGCUAGGGAACAAGGUCUCUCUAUUACCCUUCACUGUGGGGAGGUACCCAAUCCGAAGGAGAUUCAGGCAAUGCUAGAAUUUCUUCCUGAGAGGGUUGGCCAUGCUUGUUUUUUUAAAGAAGAUCACUGGGAAAAUGCAAAAUCGUCCAAGAUUCCGGUUGAGAUAUGUUUGACAUCCAACAUACGGACUGGUUCAAUUUCUUCUCUGGAUGUUCAUCAUUUUGGUGAUCUGUAUCAUGCAAAACACCCUUUAAUCCUGUGCACUGAUGAUUCAGGAAUAUUCUCCACCAGUCUUUCUGGCGAGUACAUUCUUGCUGCUUCUUCAUUUGGUCUUGGAAAGAAGGAAAUGUUGGAGCUAGGGAGGAAUGCCAUUGAGUUUAUAUUCGCAGAUGAUGAAAUAAAGAGGGAAUUGAGAGAGGCAUUUGAUUCAGCUGCAGGAACGCUGGAGCUUUGAUUGAUCUAUUUUUAAUCAGAUUUUUGUUGGGGGAGGUGAGGUCUAGCAACAGUUGGAAAUGCAAGCUAGACCAUGGGCAUGCAUAUCAUCAAGAAGCCUUGCCACAUGGUGAAGUCACAGCUAGAAGUAGUAAAAAAAAAUCAAAUUGUUUGCUUUUCUAAAAAUGCCAAUCUUUACUUAAUUGGCAAGCUGAUUGUAGUGACAGCAAUUUCCUAUUACUAAAUAAAAAUUUCGUGUUUGAUA